AUGGUUUCUAUCAAGAAGAUUGUUUUCCUGGCUAUGGCCGCUUCUGUCCAGGCCUCUCCCCUCGCUUCUGGGCCAUCUACUCCCGAAUGCCCCGUGCUCGAUGAGAGAACGGCAGAGAACUUGCCUAAGCGCUGGACUCCCCCUGCCACGCCCAAAGGUGCUACCGACAUCAGUAACAAUACGGCCCUGAUUAAUGAGCUGAAGAGAGAAAACGGAGUGGAGGUAUAUGAUGGGGAGACUUCUUCGAGCCCCGCGAAGGAGGGCGAUGUGGUGGUGAUGUCCGGGCCUUGUGAUCAGGGUACAUGCCCAGACUACGACAAAGGUUUCGACAUGAUCUACACCUGGACUAUGAUCACGACGCCGGGGACUGGAGGCGCCCCCGAUACUACCAUAGUCUGGAACGACUUCGAUAUCCGCGUCAACGAUUGCGGCCAAUGCUACCGUAAAAGAGUCGGCUCGAUCGGUGGCGGAUGCUACGACUUUACUGCGUGUGGUCGCCCACAGUCAAUCUGUGUUGAUAGUGGCAAGUCGCGCGCCCAUCGCAUCUGGAAGGAUGCGAACGUCAAAAAAUGCUACAGGAUGAGCCAAAUUGUCAUGGGAGACUGUGGUUUUAUCCAAGCCCGUGUCAUUUAUUGCCCUGACCAGGAGGUUGCCUGUGACUGGUGA